AUGAGUGGGCUAUGGAAAAUUCAGCAAGAUCCAGAUCAAUUCAGCAAGAUGACAAGCAAACCCCAUACAGGAUCUCUGGUGAUCUGCCCGGAGUACACCCCUUAUCCUGAUGUUUUCAUAUCCCAGCUCAGACUGAAGUGGUACUGUGGCAAUUUGUAUCAGCAAGUGAUAACCAUUGAUGUGGCUCAGGGAGUCUGUUUCCUCUCCCAAACUGGAGUGGGUAUCAUGGGGAACUCUCUCCUCAUCACACUCUACCUCACCUCAUUUCUUCUGGGCUCCAAACCAAAGCCCACAGACCUGACCAUCAUCCACCUGGCCCUGGUCCACACCGUAAUGCUUCUUACAAGGUGGAUCAUCAUAGCAGCAGGGAUAUUGGGGCUGCAACUUGUACGGAAUGAUGCUGAGUGUAAGCUGUUUGCCUAUGUCUACCGCAGCACCCGGGGCCUCUCCAUCUGUACUACCUCCCUCUUGAGCAUAGUUCAGGCCAUCACCAUCAGUCGAAGCACCUCCUAUCUGUUCCAUCACAAGGUUCAGAUCCCAAACGUCAUCUUCCUGGUCUUAGGCAUCUUGUGGAUUCCCAACACACUGUUAAGCACCACCCUUCUCUUCCAAAUGGUCAUCUCCCACAAUACAACUGGCAUUGAUACCAAUUGUUACAUGGUGCCAUUAAACACUCUCCUCCAGGAGCUGUUUCUCACCUUCAUGGCUCUCCGCGAUGUCCUCUCUUUGGGGCUCAUGAGCUGCUGCAGUAGCUGCAUGGUUCUUCUCCUGCACCGACACAGGCGCCAAGUCCAGCAUCUCCACAGCCCCCACCAAGCCCCUGAAACCUCGCCCAAGAGACGAGCCACCCAGACCAUUGUGCUGCUUGUGAGCUGCUUUGUAGUCUUUUACUGUGGAGACCUUGUAUUUUCCCUGUUUCUAGGGACAUCCAUGAAGGACAAUGCCACCCUCUUGAAUGCUGGCAUGUUUAUGGUCAGUGGAUAUGCCACUGUCAGCCCCUUUAUGUUGCUCACCUGUGACACAAGAGUCAUCAAGUUCCUAGGUGAUUUUCUGGGGAAUAAGACCCUUAAAUCCUCUCAGACAACACUGUUAUCUGCAUGCCCUCUUUGA